AUGCAUAAUUUCUUUCUAUCUUUCUUUCUUUAUUUCUUUCUUUCUUUCUUUAUCAGUAUUUUUCUUCAUUUCUUUUAUUUUUCCUAUUUUUCUUUCUUUCUUUCUUCGUUUCAAUAUUUGUUUUUCUUUGUUUCUCCCUUUCUUUUUGUCGUUCCUUCAAAAGAACUUUCGAUUUUUUUUAACGCAAUAUGCAUAAUUUCUUUCUUUCUUUGUUUCUUUCUUUCUUUCUUUCUUUCUUUCUUUGUCUAUCAAUAUUUUUCUUCAUUUCUUUUAUUUUUCCUUUCUUUCUUACUUUCUUUCUUAUUUUCUUUCUUUCUUUCUUUCUUUCUUUCUUCGUUUCAAUAUUCUAUUUUUCUUCAUUUCUUUUAUUUUUCCUUUCUUUCUUACUUCCUUUCUUUCUUUCUUUCUUUCUUUCUUACUUUCUUUCUUUCUUUCUUUCUUCGUCUCAAUAUUCCGUAUUCUUGUUUGUUUGAUUUUGUUUCUUCUUUCUUUCUUUUUUUUCUUUUUUGUCUGUCACUAUCUUUCUUUAUUUCUUUUAUUUUUCAUUCCUUUCUUUCAUUGUCCAAAUAUUCAUAUGUCUUUAUUUCUCACUUUCUUGUUGCCGUUCCUUCAAAAUUUUUCUUUCUUUUGUCUUUCAUUCUAUUUUUCUUCAUUCCUUUUUUUUUUUUUCCUGAACCUUUUUUUUUUUUUUUGCAUUUUUUUUUUUUUCAUUCUUUCUUUCUUUCUUUCUUUCUUUCUUUCUUUUCUUUAUUUUUCUUUAUUUCUUUCUUUCUUUCUUUGCCAACCAGUUUUUUUCUUCUUUCUUCGUCUCAGUUAUUGAUUUUCUUUGUUUCUCUAUUUUCUUACCUCCCAGUAUUUUCCUUCCUUCCUUCCUUCCUUCCUUCCUUCCUUCCUUCCUUCCUUCCUUCCUUCCUUCCGUUUCAUUUUCUUUUAAUUAUUCUUCUAUCUCGUCUUCUUAAUAUUCGGUUUUUUUUUUUUCCUUAUUUAUUUAAAAGUUUGUUUUUCUUUUUUUCUUUUUCUUUCUUUAUCUUAACACUAGCAGCAUGGCCCGGCGUUGCCCAGAUUCGCCUCUCUUUGUUUUUCUAUUUCCUUACCUCCCAGUAUUUUCCUUUUCUUUCCUUCCUUCCUUUCUUCCUUCUUUUUCGUCAUUCAUUUUGGUCAUUCCUUUCAAUGAUUCUUCUAUCUCGACUCCUUAAUAUACUGUUUUUUAACACUUCCUUAUCAAGAGCUUCUUUCUUUCUUUCUUUCUUUCUUUCUUUCUUUCCUUCUUUCUUUCUUUCUUUCUUUCAAGGUUCUUUCUAUAUUGUAUCUGUGUGUGCUUCUUUCUGUCUUUCUUCAAUGAUUUUUCUAACAUUUGUCUCGAUAUUCGUCGCCCUUAAUGUCUCUUUUUCCUUACCAUCCAAUAUUUUACUUCCUUCCUUCCAUCCUUUUCAUCCCUCCUUCCUUCCUUCCUUCCUUCAUUCCUUCAUUUUCAUCAUUCCUUUCAAUGCCACUUCUCUCUCUUUUUCUAUUCAUUUCCAUUUUGUCUUUCUUUCUUUCCUUCUUUCUUUCUUUCUUUCUUUCCUUCUUUCUUUCUUUCUUUCUUUCUUUUUAAUGUUCCUUCUGUCACCAUAUCUCAGUGUCCGUCUUUCUUUUUCUUUCUUUCCCUUUGUUAUUCGAUUCAAUAUUCAUUGUCUUUCAUCUGUACCAGUCCUUCCUUUCUUUCUUUCUUUCUUUCUUUUUAAUGUUCCUUCUGUCUCUUAUCUCAGUGUCCGUCUUUCUUUCUUUGUUUAUCUGUUUUUCUUACUUUUUAAUUAUUCUUCCUUAUCAAAAUUCGUUUAUUUCUUUUUUCAAUAUUCUUUUUCAUCUUUUUCCCAGUAUUUCUCUUUCUUUCUCCCAUUCAAUAUUUCUUCCUUUCAACGCUGUUUCUCUCAUUUCUUCUCAGUAUUCGUCUUUCUUUUUCUUUCUUUCUUUCUUUCUUUCUUUUUUCAUUUAUUAGUUUUUUCUUCCUUUCAUGCUUCAUUUUUCGUUUCUAUCUUCCUUCUUUUCUUCAUAUCUUUCUUUCUUUCUUCUUUCCUUACUAAAUAUAUUUGA